AUGUCUCUCUGUGGUAGGAUAGAGGUUGCUGUAGAAACUAACUUGCCUGCUGAAAAACUUCAUGAUCUUCUCAGCAGUUCUUUACCCCAGUUAUCCUGCAUCACUCCUGCUAAGAUACAAGCAGUUCAUCUCCUUAAAGAGGGAGCCUCUAAGAUUACCAAGGAGGUGAUUGAUGACAUAGAUAGCACGAAACUAUCUAUCACCUCCAAAGAAAUCGAAGGAGAUUUGAUGGAGGCUUACAAGAGUUUCAAAAUCAUCCAUCAAGCUACGCCAAAAGGAUAUGAAUGCUUACCGGACCCAUGGACAGACAUGAUCAUCAUGUUCUUUACUAUGGAUCUCAAGAAUAUAGUAAGUUCAGGUGUGGUGUUGUUAAAAUAA